AUGAGUAUACUAGCUAUAUCCACAAUGUCACCACCUCAUAAACCAAGAACAACUUUCACAUUACCAUUAAAUUUACUAUUACAAUUAAAUCAUUUAUUAAAAAAAUCAAUAUUUAGUAGACAAUUUUAUCAAGAAAUAAAUGAUAAAGUAUUAUCAAAAUCUUCAACAGUUGAUCAAAAUUUAUAUUUUUUAUGUUAUUUUUCAUUACUUUUAUCAUCAAUAUUAAAUAAUAAAUAUAACAUUUUAAAUUUUUUACAAAAGCAAAAAUAUAAUCUAUUACAACUAGUCAAAAAAUCUGCAAACACAUUAAAUAUAAAUACUAAUGAUUCCAAAAUAUUAAAUCAAUCACCUCCUCAACCAAUUCCUGAAUCACAACAAAACCCAUCAAAAUUAGCAUAUCAUUUAAAAAAAAUAAAUCUGUAUUUAGCUGAUGUUAGAAUUUUUAAUAGAUUAACUGAUUCUAUAAAAUAUAUGCCAUGGUUAAUUGAUGAAUGGCAUGGUUUUAAUGAUCCAACUGCAAAAUCACCAAGAAUUGAUAGAUUUGUUAAUGUAAUUCAAGCUUUAAAUUGUAUUGUUUUAGAAAUUUUUGAAAAUAUUGGUUGGUUAACUGAUCAUGAUUUUAUAGGUACAGGAAAUAAUCCUUAUUGGUGUAUUGAAACUUAUAUAUGGUGUUGUAGAGUUUGGGGUGCUUAUUUAAUUAUAGAAAUUAUAGAAAUUUUUAGAAGAACUCCAAUAAAUCAAUGGAAAUCAAAAAAUUGGCAAAUUAAUUUAUUUAAAAAUGUUAUUCAAUUACCUUUAGUUUUACAUUGGUGUUUAAGAGAUGGUUGUUUAACCCCAUUUUGGGUUGGACUUUGUGGUUGUGGUGCAUCUUGGUGGAAUUUUAAAGAUAUGUGGCUGUCAAUAAAUUUAAAAUAG